UCACAUUAUUCUUUACCUUUAUGGAUUUGUCAUCAAUGUUUCAAUCUGCUCGUUCACUACUUGAAAAUAAAAAAGCUGACUCAGCGAUUAUUUUACCAAAUAAAAAAGAAAAUAAAGCUGAAUCAGAGUUACAAGACAAAAUUGAAUAUUAUAGAAAUAAGGGAACUGUAAAAAAUACUGUUAAAGCAACUCAAAAUUGGGUUACACGAUUGGAAACAUUUCGCAAGUUACAGGGCUAUGAUACUCCAAUCGAAAUGAUAACUGAUACUCGA